UGUUUUAGUAAGUUUGUGAGAUCAGUUCAUUUCAUUUCACUGUGAAUGGUUAAUUUACUAUGUUGUGUUGUGUUUAAAUACAUGUAAGUUGCUCAUUAUUUCCCUAUGCCAUCACUAUUUUGGCCCUCCAACUGAGCUUUGUUUUGAAGUGUUCAAAGUGUGCUUACAAAUCGGAUUACAUUUGAAUGUUACUUUUCCUGCCAUAUGUGUCUGGAUUACCGUUUUUAAUUUUGAACAUGAAAUAUGGCUUCUCUAAGUGAAAACCGUCCUCGUGAACAUGAUUUUGACAUAAGAUGGACUCAACUUUCUGGUAACACUGCUCUUCACGAAGCAGCCUGGAAUGGAUAUAGCCAAGCAAUUGAAAUGUUAGCUAAAAGCAAAGUCAAUCUCAACAUCAAAAACAAGAGUGGUAAUACAGCUCUUCAUCUCGCCUGCCAACAAGGUCAUAAUCAGAGUUGCCGAAAUUUACUCAUCUAUGGAGCCAAAGCUGACAUUAAAAAUAACUAUGGCGAUACUCCACUUCAUACUGCUGCCAGAUAUGGACAUGCUGGUGUAGUCCGCAUUUUGAUUAGCGCUUUUUGUAAUGUCAAUGAAGUUAACAAGAAUGGAGACACUGCAUUACAUAUAUCAUCAGCCAUGGGACGGAGAAAAUUAACCCGAAUACUUUUGGAAACUGGUUGUAACCCAGCUAUCAAAAAUAAGCAAGGAGAAACAGCUAUGGACAUUGCUUUGAGAAAAAAUUUCAAAGAAGUUCAAGAAAUCAUAGCAGCUAUUCCUGUUAAGGAUCCACCUCAAGUUAAGCGCUCAAAACACAAAAGUGAAUCAUUACCAAGCCAAGGAAGUCGUCAGAGUCGCGAGAAAAAGCAUAAGACUAAAUCAUCAAAAGAACACCAGAAGAUACCUUAUCACAGUCCAUAUGGCUGCCCUAUGUUACCUGAUGCUAAAGAAUUCCCUCAGCCUCGCAUUAAUUCAUUACCUACUGAGCCUCUUCGUAAGGGUGAACAAUAUUAUAUUGAUUUAGCUGGUAAUAUACGGAAAGGACCGGUUGGUAAACUGUAUAAUUGUUAUUGUGUUCCGUUGAUUGAAAAAGUUGAGAAGAAAUUACUUAAAGAAAAGAAGGAAUUAAAGGAGGAAAUUGAAAAUUGCCGGAGCAAUUUGAAUAAUAAAAUAUCUAGUCUUGAAAGGAAAACCAAUUUUCAAAUGGUUUCUCUCAAUGAAACGGUUAAAUCACGGUUAUCAACCGAACGGCUUCAAUGUAUUGAACGCAAUCAACGUAGUAACCUUAAGCAGCGAUUAGAUUAUGAAAGAAACCAAUUACAGCAAGCUGAGCAAUUGAAAAAUCAAAUGAAAUGUUGGUUGGAAAGUCGUUUAAAUCAGCCAACACCAAGUCCACGUAAAUAUCAACCAAAUCCUGCUCGCCAUAGAAACAACAAUUACCAUGACGGAUUAACUUGCCAACGAGUUGAACAAUCAAAUAAUAGGAAUGUUGAUUAUCAGCCAACAACAGCAACAGAGAAUGGAAAUACUUUGAAUGAUGCUUAUGAUAGACCAAAAAGUUGUUUAAGCUACAACAAGGAUUUCGUCUCUACUUUAACAACAUGUUACAAUAAUGGGGUUCGCUCCAAAUCAGAGACUCAUUUAGCGAUUGCUCCUGGUGAAACAAUAGGAACCUUUGAUACUCAACCAGGUUGUAGUGGUCAUACAAGAAUCAAUGGUGUUUGCAUUGGAACCACCCAAGCUGAAGUUUAUUACGAUGGAGUUCAUUCAUGCUCAGAGGAUAGUGAUGAAGAAGUUAUUACAAGUCAUAAUAAUAGUAGUAAUAUAAAUGAUAUUAGCAAUCAAACUGUUGCUAAAACUAAUUGUGAUACUCCUAAUAAUAAUAUUAAAGAUAUUUAUGAUCUACCAGCAAACGGGCGACGGAAGAUAACAGCUGAAACAGUAAUCAGUCAACCAGUUCAAGCUACUUCUGCUACUUCAAAUAAUACUAAUGUAAAAAGUAAACCACCUCAACCAUUACCGGCCUCUCAGUCAACAUCGUCUCACUGUCCACCUGAAGAUGAUCACUCCGGAGACUUGAUGAAAUCUCUCCGGUGCAAUGUUGUUCCUAGAGGAGAAACAGAUUACCGUAAUUCACCUUUCAGUGAUUCUGGUUUUAGAUCAAAAUAUUCGCCAUCUCCUCGAGAAGGACCAUUAACUGAUGUCACUCUCGUUUAUCCUGAACCUAAACUAACCAGAGAGCUUUAUCCGACUCAAAAUGAUUCCGCAAUGGGUUUACAACCUCCAUCAAUUAAACAAUUAAACGAACGACCUCCGUUUAGGAGGGAACCAAUACCAACGAGAUUAAAUAUGGCUACACCAGCUUCUAGCCUAGUUUAAUGCAACUUUUUUAAUUCCAGCACAAUCUAAGUCAAUUAAUGGAAAUAAUUCCACUGUUUUUUAUUGCAAAAUAUUUAAUUCAUUUUUGUAAAUUUUUUAAUAUAUCUAACAAAUGAUCAAUUGAACUACUCAAAUUUAUUCCUGGUUUCAGGUUGUUAAUGUGUUAAAUAAAUUUAAUAAAUAUUUUCA